AUGACCACAGCAAAGCCAGACCACGCAGCACUCAGCAUCUCUCCCAGACUCCGGGGGAAUGACUACCAGAGGUCAGCUAUGAGAACAUGGGGUCUAAAAGCCGGUAACAACUACAGCAGGCUGGCUACAAAGCCAAGGUGUGAAGAACUGGUAAGCCACUGCGGUGGGCCGGAAGGACGCCAGCGGUCAUGGGGCGGCCCUUUUCCUCAGACGAAAGGCCCAGAAGGCUCUAACGUGGCAACUGCCAACAGCUUCAUGCUGCCCCACGUCCCACAGCCGCUUCAAAAUGCCGUCUGCCCGCUGCCUCCAUGUGAAGACCAGGUGGCAGGAGGUCGGCAGCUUCCAUUUCCUGGAGAGGGCUGGCUAAUUUGCAAAAUGGCUGCAAGAGAGCGGGAGAGGCCUUUCCUUGCCUGGCGGAGGGUGGAGAGGAUUGUAGACAAAAGGAAGAACAAGAAGGGCAAGUGGGAAUAUCUCAUCAGAUGGAAAGGCUACGGAAGCAAUGAAGACACCUGGGAGCCUGAACAUCACCUACUACAUUGUGAGGAAUUUAUUGAUGAAUUCAAUGGACUACAUGUUACUAGAGAAAAGCGAUCAAGACAUGGGAAACAGGCCAGCGCUCCAAAAUUUUUACGGGAAAGCCGAGGGUCUUCUGUUGAGAAAAUAUCACACAGACCUUCUGAAUCUGGGAAGUCUAAAGGGUCAACACACAAAAGGAAGAGAAUUAAUCCAUCUCUUCAAAAACAGAAAAGAGGAUACACAGUAAAGCCAGCAUCUGCUAAUGACAGGGCUGCUAAAACUGUGACUUACCGAACUACUCCCAGCGGUUUACAGAUCAUGCCACUGAAAAAGCCACAUAAUGGUCUGCAGAAUGGAGAUGGCAGUCAUGAAAAAGAUUCCAGACAUUUUGGGAAUGGCUCACAACAGCAAAAUACGGAUUUAAAUGAUCAUGAAGGAGAACAAAAUUUGCCCAGCGUGUUGGAAGUUAGUAAUGAUUCACCUGUUGUGAAUGGAAUUGGUUCUUCUCUGGCCAAUGGAAGCUUGAAUCUACACAGCACUGUGAAAAGGAAACUAGAUGGGGAGAAAGAUUAUGUCUUCGAUAAGAGACUAAGAUACAGCGUGCGUCAAAAUGAAAGUAACUGCCGGUUCAGGGACAUUGUAGUCCGGAAAGAAGAUGGUUUCACACAUAUUUUGCUGUCGAGUCAGACUUCAGAUAACAAUGCACUGACCCCAGAGAUCAUGAAGGAAGUUCGGAGAGCAUUGUGCAAUGCAUCAGCUGAUGACAGUAAACUCUUACUUCUCAGCGCAGUGGGAAGUGUAUUCUGUAGUGGCCUAGAUUACUCAUAUUUAAUUGGCAGGUUAUCCAAUGACAGAAGAAAGGAAAGCACUAGGAUUGCAGAAGCUAUAAGGGAUUUUGUAAAAGCUUUUAUUCAAUUUAAGAAGCCAAUUGUGGUUGCUAUCAACGGCCCUGCUCUUGGGUUAGGAGCUUCUAUUUUACCACUAUGUGAUAUCGUUUGGGCAAGUGAGAAGGCAUGGUUUCAGACACCAUACGCAACAAUCCGACUCACUCCAGCUGGCUGCUCAUCAUACACAUUCCCACAAAUUCUGGGUGUUGCACUGGCAAAUGAAAUGUUGUUCUGUGGGAGAAAGCUGACAGCACAGGAAGCCUGCAGCAGAGGACUAGUGUCACAAGUAUUUUGGCCAACAACAUUUAGCCAAGAAGUGAUGCUACGAGUGAAAGAAAUGGCAUCCUGCAGUGCCGUGGUAUUGGAAGAGUCCAAAUGUCUCGUGCGGAGCUUCCUGAAAUCCGGACUUGAAGAUGUGAAUGAGAAAGAGUGUCAGAUGUUAAAACAGCUGUGGAGCUCUUCCAAAGGACUGGAUUCAUUAUUCAGCUACUUGCAAGACAAAAUUUAUGAAGUCUGAUGUCCUGGCCUAACUUAAAGAGAAAAUGCUCCACUUGUGAACAGUCAAACAUUACCUGUGUUUGAAAAGCAGAGGCAAUGCAUCUUGAGGAAUUUGUGACAGUGUAUCCUAAUACAUAUGGUUGUGUCGAUUUCCUUGUGAGCUACACAGCUGCUUGUAGCUGGUUUGAUUUUGUGUAACCGAGACGUAGGCAGGCUUGUUCAGUGCACAUAAUCUCUACAGAGGGCUGCAUCUUUCACAUGCUCAUCCAGAUAAAAGUAUACAUUCCAUGUGCUGAGAAGCACCACUGAGGCCCAAUAAGGCACGCCAUCUGUAAUGAUUUAUUUUGUCUGUCCUUCUUAACUUAUUCUUGCUGUUGCAACACAUCUGGGCUGACAUAGAGGGCUCAAUCUGAAAACUGGGUCAGCACAAUAUUUUGUAGACCCAAACACCAUACUUUAGAAAUAUUUUAAUUAUUUUUUUUCUAAGUUCUAACAGUGUAAUGGAAAAAUCUGAUAAUUUAUAUGUAUAAUAUGUAAAGUUAGUUUUACAAAAACUACUAGGAUUUUUUUUCUUUGUUGAAUUUAUUUAACUUAUUUAUUUUGUGUUCAUAUUCAGCUGUUUAUUGAUCACAGAUCUUAUUUUCAUACUUCCCUUGACUGAAUUAAUGGCAUCACAUGAGAAUGCAAACACAUUUUUAGCAGCAAAUUGUGUAGAAAAAUAAAGGAUAUAUAGAAAACACACAGAAUGCUGUGGGCAGUAAAAGAAACAGCCACGUGCAUGCUCCUCUGUGCAAAAUUGUACAAAAAUUGUAUGAAAUAGAUUCAUUUGCCAGGGUUAAGGGGAAAAAAGUGGAUUCUGAAACAGUGAGUCCCCCCUAAGUCUCUCUUCACUUUCUGCCUUCUUGAGGAGCAUUGAAGGGCUUGCCAACAAGAUGCUGUAUCUAAGUUUACUAUAUUCCUGUUAGCCGGACGUCAGUUACAGGGUGAGUGGUGCCGUUAUGUGGCAUCGUACUCUUUUUCAGGUUUAAACAUCCCCAUUUGGUCUGAAGUCUAAAAGCAAAUCCUUAUGAGCCUUAGUCUAGUUGCCUGAUUCCUCAGGUGUGAGAUAAUUUCUGCUCUGGAGGCCUUUGGGUGUGGGCCAACAGUUUAUACAAGGUGCUAGGUAUUGAACUAAGUGGAGGGAGAGGUUUUGUUUUGCUUUUCCCAGCUCUCCACAUCUGGCCACCCCACCAUCUGUUACAAGAACUUCUGGCUAUCCAUAAAAGCAGUCCACAAUAAACGACAAAAAUCCAAUCUGCUAUUUUAGAAUGUGAUCCUAGUACUUUUCAGUGACACUGACUGACUUCUGAACACUGGAUCGCUCUCAUUUCUUUCUUGCUAGUAAGGCAAUUAAUAUGGAAAUAACACAAGCAUGCUCUGUGACUUCACCUGCCAUUUUAGUAUGCCCAAAUUAAAACCUCUUGAAGCAGAAGCUUUGCACAUUUGUUUGCUUUGUAAUUUGUGCACUUGCUCUCCAUCCUUGAGCUCAGUGACUUGGUUAUGGUUUAAACCUCUGCAAAUGAGGCUGCUAGGUUUUCUCCCUCCCAGUAUUUCCACGAAGAGUUUCAACAAAGCCUUUGUAAAGUUAACGAACAGGUGAUUAUCGUAAACAGUAGCCUUCAACACAUUAAUGUAACAUUUCUUUUUCCACAAAUAGUUAAAAGUGCUGUUUCUAUGGCCUAAUUGUACCACUGAAUUUUAAGGAAAUCAUUACCCUAAAGGCAGAAGUUCUCAUGGAAAUUCUUCAAUAAAAAGACAAAAUCUGGCUUCUAAUUAGCCUGUUUUAAAUGUUUUCAAAAAAACUUAUCAAAACAAGUAACUUAUUUUUAAAUGUCUGAAACAGAACUCUUUCAAUAACUAUUUGAAGUGAUAGAUGCACCACUUGUUUUAUACUAACGCUUACUUAUUUCCACAACCUGCCAGCAAUGCCACAGAGCGCACGUGCAAAGCCUUGGUUGGAUCAAGGCCACAGGACCCUCUACUAUGCCAGUGUGCACACAUGAGUCACCUGUGUGGCAGUCCCAUUAAAAUGAGAGGGAUUACUCAAGUGAAAACCACUCACAUGCAUACGUGUUUGCACAAUCAGGCCUCCAGCAUAUGACUUCAGAAAAAAAAAAAAAAAAAAAAAAAAA